UUAAAUACGGAUGUAUUGGACAUAUGGUCAGUCAAUCGUAAUUACAGUUUCAUACGAUCGGCACAAUAAUAAUAACAUGUUAGUCAAAACAAACUUGUUUAUCUACGUUUCGUUUGAAGGAGUCAGAAUCAAAUAACGCUAUAGUUAACGGACACCAGGAGCAGGAUAUUCAAAAUAUCAAACAUCCACUGGAACGAAAAUGGAGCUACUGGAUGUACACUGACAAGAGCAGCGUGUGGGAGAAGAAUCUCGUGAAGUUGACCACAUUCGACACCGUUGAGGACUUCUGGUGUCUUUACCAUCACAUGAAAUUGCCGACUGAGUUAAAGGUGGGGCAGGAUUAUAUGGUGUUCAAGGAUGGCAUUACACCCAUGUGGGAGAACGAAGCCAACAAAAAAGGGGGAAGAUGGAUCAUUGGUUUCGAGAAAAAAACUUUCAAAGAAAUGGAUAGAAUUUGGUUGGGUGUGAUUUUGCUGAUGAUUGGUGAAAACUUCAUGCAUCCUGAUUUAGUUUGCGGAGCGCUCGUGAACGUGAGAGCGAAGAGUAAAAUUUGUUUGUGGACGAGGAGUGUUGACGAGAAACAAAAUUGUGAAGUAGCAAGAAAAAUCAAAAACCGCUUGGGACUAUAUUCAAGGUUACACUUUUAUAUGCACGAGUCAAAAACUAGUCUAUAUUCCGUUUAGGAUUUCGUUUUGUUGUUGUUUUUUUUAUCAGAAUCAGCGAGAUAUCUUGCCAAAGGAAUAUAAUAUGUUAUUAAUUUUGUAUCUUAGUGUAGUCGAAGUGUACCUUACACUUCGACUAUUCCUGCCACUAAGUAAAUGAGUGUUAUAGGUGUUAUUGAUAAGGUAUUCUUAUUAUGAAGUGGCUCGUCGUCUCUCGAACAAAAUAGUCACUUAAACAGACAUGUUCAGGUAUUUUUAGAUGUAAAUAGAGAUUACUGUAGCUAUCAAUCGUUCACUUAGUAUUAUCUUUAUACUGGAAGGUUACAAUACUCAUGCAAUAAUAAAAACUUUAUUCAUUAAACAUAUGAGAAGACGAAAUGCGUUUACAAUAUGGUGCACGUUCGUGAGUUGGUCUGGUUUCUUAUCUCUGUUUCGACUGUCUCUUCAACCUUGUGUAUCGAUUUCUCGGCAUUAUCCACACCUUCGUUUACUGUUUCUGCAACAAAAAUGUUUUUUUCAUUGUUAUUAAGUUUAUGUACAUUGGUAAUAAUAAGUGAUCGUUUAUUUAAUGAGGUUUGUUUACUGUAACAAUUUUGCAAACCUAUAAAACGCACACAUUAGUUUAGUAACAUACACUCACAAAGGUGAUGAUAUGGAAUUGACUAAAGAGGACUGAGUGGUUGGAAAUUGCUUAAAUUUCUCUUUUGAAAUCCGAUUUCCCAUUUGGUUCCUUAGAUUUAGCCACGCGCCAUUUUUGUAAUAAAUCACUAAUCACAUAUAAGGCGACUGAAUUGUUACCCUCUUAUUCAUAGACGUUAUUUAUCAAAGGACGGAGCAUUGUUGCGAUAACAAGUCUGCGUCUCAGCUUUGUUUAUCUGACAGCUUGCUGUUUGUUCAGCAUUGUUUAUAUUAGCCAAUCACAACGGCCCUAUGUCUAGGCAUUGCGAAUGCUGCCAUGCCGUCAGCACGGAGAAAUAGACUUGUUAUCACAGCAGUGUUCCGUCCUUAGAUAAAUAACGUCUAUGAAUAAGGGGGUUAGUAUAUAGCGAUACCUGCCAAGUUUCUUACAUUGGUCAUGUUAAUGGGUGACUUACGAAAAUAAUUUCGUGCUAAAUAUUUGUAACUUAGAUAAUAAGUUUAAUCUUUGAUAAUCAUGAUUUAAUGUUACGUAUAUUGUAUAAUUAAAAGGCUUUAAACAUUAACAUAGUGAAAAUGUGUGAUAUUCGAAAUAUUGUACCUAUUAGUUUAUAUUAUAUAGAUUUAAUGUU